UUCUUAUAUACCUUGCAUAUCAAAUGUACAGUUCGCCGCUUGCCAUCUUGAGGAGCGAAGUGACAUAAUAGCAGAGAUGGCGACAUCUCCGAGUCACCGGGAAGGAGGUUGGGGCUGGGCGGUCGUACUAGCCUGCUUUGUGACGGAAUUUAUCGCUUUCGGCAACCUGAAGGCUCUGGCGAUUCUGAUCACUUCUAUGAAGGAGGAUUUCGGUACGGAGUUGUGGGUCGUCGGCUCCAUAGUCUCGCUUCAUUAUGCAGUACAGUAUAUCAUGUCACCCCUUGCGGCUGCUCUGGCACGCAAACUUGGCAUCCGCUCCUUGAUUCUUGUUGGCGGUACACUCUAUGGAGUUGGUCUGGUGGUGUCUGCUUUAACGCCCAGUGUCGCCAUCUUUGCUAUAUCACUGGCCGUUGUUUCUGGAACAGGGAUAGCCUGUACAUUGGAUCUCAUCCAUGCCGAAGUAACUUUCUACUUUCAGGAGAAGUACGCCCUUGCAGUCUUCAUUUCGAGUUCUGGUUCUCCAGUCGGUAUGAUGCUGUACGGACCAAUAACCCAAGUUCUCAUGGAUACGUACGGUUGGCGAGGAGCAAUGCUUCUCUUAGGUGGGUUUAGUUUCCAUCUUGUUUUAGGAGGGAUGUUGGUACGAAGGCCGACAGCUUCGUAUCAAGAAGUCCCCGACCACGAGGAGCACCACACAAUUGAUGGUAAAAACUCUCCUGGUAUAUCUACAGAUGAAGCCAAACCAACUAAGAGAGUUGUCUCCAACCCCUUGAAUUCAGUUUUCUCGGCACUAUGUCUCGAGGUAUUCUUCAGUGCUGACUUCAUGAUUCUGGCCGCUAAAAGAAUGCUGUAUAGUAUUGCAUUCGGCGGAUCGGUCAUCUACAUCGUGCCUAAUGGUCUGGCGCUUGGUCUGACAACCAGCGAGGUGGCAUUCCUGACUACCGCUUGGGGGGUUGGGGACCUGGCUGGAAUGCUUCUCUCUGCUUGGACUUUCCACAUCAAGGUGCUAUCGGUUCAAAAUGUUGAGGUCCUUGCAGUGAUUGUUUCUGUCCUGGGAUUACUUUUGCAGCCCUUCGUCGCCUCAUUCGUUGGUCAAACUGUGCUCGUGUUGAUAGUAGGAGUCGGUAUGGGUUGUACAGUGCAAGGGAUACUUGUCAUGACGAGGUGGCUACCUUUUGGUGACGACAAAUUUGUCAUUGUGUUUGGCUGGCAGACAUUUCUGAGUGGGGCAGCUGCUUCCAUUGGAGAUACUCUAUCAGGUUGGCUUUCUGAUGCGACUGGGAGUUUCCACGCAACAUUCUUCCUAUAUAGUGCUACCAUGGCAGCGAUAUUACUGUGUCUGCUUCAGGAUGUCAUUCGCAUCAUUUCUCCUCCCGAAUCCUCCAAGCAACGUGGGCUUAUGGUUCUAAUGCCUUCACUCUUUAAGAGGGACUCAAGUAUGAUCUUCGAAAGAAUGCCGAUUCAGCCGAAUACUAAUUCAGCACAAUGAUUACACAGUUUCAAUCAUAACAGUUAAAUUGUUGUCCAGUUAGCAUUACAGAAUUAAACUUUCGGGGUUACACUGGGAUAAUUCACAUUAAUUUGUAUGUACGCAUGCAUUAAUUUUAAGUUGUAACACCAACACAAUAUGUAAUCUACUAUUAAAAAGACUAAGCUACCAACUAUUAAAACUUUUUCCAUUUUAGGGUAUUUUUUUUCUUACACGGAUCUCAAAUAUUUCUUUGACCUUAAAUUCAUUCAGUAAGCGCUAAGUCCUGUUAAACCGGGACAGGCUUGAUAUUAAUCAGAAAGUCGUCUAUACUUUUGUAAAAUGACCAGGCAGGAAAAAGGGGGUAAAUAAAUCAUUUAGACUUUUGGUAACUCCCUCGACGACGAGAGCACUUACUUUUGUAUCAGUCCGUAAUUAAUUCAGUUGGACAAUAAUUUAAAACAAUGAUCUGGGUAAGGUGAAGUUACCAAAUGAAAUGAGACAAUAUGAAACAACAUAUGUUCAUGACGGGCUGUAUAGCCAUAUUAACACUAUUCAACUCAGGUGCAAAUGUGUCGUUUUAGGAAAGAGUCCUGGAGUGCUUAUACAAAGAUAAUACAAUGUAUAUCCGAACAAUGAUGCUGGUAUUAUACCUCUUAGUAAGUUUGGCUCAAUAUCUUAUUGAAAUACAUGUUUUAGCAUUAAUA